AUGAAAUCAAUCCUCUCGAGGUUCAAACACAACAACCCCGCCUCCCAAUCCCGCUCCCAAUCAGCCCCCCAGCCCGAGAAUGAGAGCUACCAGCCUCCUCCCGCCAAGAAAGACAAGGAGGGUACUCGUCAUCUCUUUCGUACAAAAUCCCGACCUCAACUCCCUCCUCUCCCUGUGCAGUCUCCCGAACCAAUGUCACCAAAAGAAGAGGCACCGCAGCUGGGACCGCACGAGUUUCUCUCCGAACCCAUCCGGGCUCCAGAAAGACCCUUCAGCGUCCAACCGUCCCCCCACCCACCUACUCGAGCCGUCAACACUGCAGGUCCCAGAAGACGGACUGUCAGUGCGAGCGGGGAUGGGCCGCGUAAAGUGACCUUCAGGUCUCCACCGCCCACGCCGACGACCAGUGUACUCUUGGACGAGGCUGUGCGCCAAGAUGAACCAGAGGUCGUUACGGAUACCGACUCGUUGAUGAUGGAGAGGACUGACUCCUUACCCUCAUCUGCCCGUCCUUCCACCUCGCAAUCACAUACGCAGUCUCGCCGGUCGUCUCACUACACCACCACCUUUCCCCAUUCAUCCCGGAAAAGUUCUGGUGCCUCUCAACGGACAUCUUCCCCCGAGAAGCAACCCAGUAGUAUCAUGAUGCGGAAUAAAGAUGGCACACUUAGUCCGUCACCGUCAGAGAUGAGCUUGGGUACACAGAGUACGAUGAGCUGGUUACCCGUUGCUGGGUCUUGGGGCGAGAUGGCGGAUCAGGAAUUGGUGGCCAAUCUAGGCCCAGUGGAGAGGACGAGACAGGAGGUGCUUUUUGAGAUUGUGUCCAGUGAAGAAAGAUAUGUCAACGACUUGGUGACGAUAAGCGAUGUCUUUUGCAAGGCGCUCCUGCCUGCAUCAGCUACAUCUCCCCACAUCGAGCUCUACGAUCCCAUCUACGCCCUCGGGCGAACUCGCUCUCCCACAUCUCCAGCCUUCUCCAGCUUCAACAUGUCCUCGUCCGACCUGCCCAUCGCGUCCAAAUUCGCUGCUACGAGCCAAUUUCGUUCGCCCUCAGACAGCUCAGUGUCCAUCGGCCCUAUCACACCUAUCGACGAUUUUAGCGUUGGCAUGCUUGGAUCUGGUCUUGGGUUUGGUUCUUUACCGGGACAAAGCAAAGCUCGGCAAACGGCGUACAAUACGCUCACAAACGGCGCGCCCCCGAGCCCUAGCAGAAAGCCCAGCAUGGCCUCGCUGAAACACCAGUCUCUGCCCCCGUUAUCGCGGGCGACUUCAACUGUGCCGUCAAGAGUAGCGUCCCGCACCUCUUACCAUCCCCCUCCCACUUCCGCCUCGGGCAAGAUUUCCAGAUAUUCGAAAUUCUCUGCGUCAUCUUUGCGUCUGUCAUCUGCUUCAUCGCCGAAUCUACCUCCGAUUAUCGAUAAGGACGAGAUACAGCUUCCGGAGAGUCUGGAGAAGGUGCUCAAAGCUGUGAUGAAUGGGAUGUUGGAAGGGCAUUUGAAGUUGGUGGAAGCGUUGAGAAAGCGGUAUGAUGAUCAGUAUCCUCUGGUACGGAGUCUGGCAGAUGUGUUCAAUCGUCAUUCUACAGUGUUUGAAGAGUACAGCGUAUAUGUCCUUCACCUUGAAAGAGCCCUGGAGCAGAUCCAAGCUGCUCUCUCAUCCGUCGAACCCGCCUCCAAACCCAAACGCCUCUCGAAACAACACACCCUCACGCCCCUCCAGAAACUCGGAUACUACAUCACCCAGCUCUCAAACUCUGCUUCUGCCCAAGGCAUCCCUUCAUUAUCCAUAUCCCUCUCCAAACCAUUCCAACGUCUCCUCAAAUACCCCUUACUCUUCCAAAAUCUGUUAUUCAACACAGACCCGACUUUGUGGGAGUAUGAAAAGACGUUGGGGAUGUGUGAGGAUGUGGAUCGAAUGGUGAGGGUGCUGGAGGAUGAAAAGGUUGGUGAGGAAGCGAGGGAAGCGACGAGAGAUGGAUGGGGGAGGGUGGAAGGGCUUGGUGGGGGUAAUGUGCUGGUGUUGCCCAAGGCGUCGAGGUUGCUUCUUUGGGAGAAGCCUCUACGGGAAGUGUCGAGCGUGGACCCGAAGAAGGUUCUAGCGGAGAAGGACACGGAACCUGUUUCCAGGAGUCAUAUGCCGCCGAGCAGUAUGAAACCGGUCACGGAGCAGAAGGGCACGGAUAUGACGGUGAGGAAUACAAAGAGUAUGAAGAGGUUGGGUGGGUUGCUGAAGGCAGAGAAGGAGUACUGGAUCGUCCGAUUCACUGACAUGUCGCUUUUGUGCUUGAAAAGCGGCACCACUUCACUCCCCAUGUCGGCUACAAAUCAAUUGAAGCAAGGCAAAAACAAACGCGCGAGCAGUGAUGGUUAUCCUGGCAUUGGCAUGGCCAGAGGGCGGGAAAGGAAUUUGUAUAGGUUCUUAAAGGUAUGGGAGUGGCAUUUAGAGGAUGAAGAUGGCGGAGCCGACGCGACGAGUGUUACACAAAAACCUCAGAGUGCUCCCCCAGUGUCAAACAAUGGCACUCUUUCGAAAGGACAAUCUCUCUCGCUGGCCACGAUCCCCGGCACACCCCAUAAGCCCGCCCCUCGCCCGGGUCAGCCAGGCUUCACCUCGGCAAGAGCUCAGUCCAUGUCCAACAUCUCCCCCUCGCGAGCCGGGGCUUCACAGGAUGAAGGCGAUGGAGCUGCGUCAGACAGUGAAAGCGUCAUGUCUUUCCCCUAUUCUGGAGAUGUGCUUAAACCAAUUCCAAAGAAGACAGUGUUGAAGCCCCGUACUACCGACGGCCCUCGUCCGCCCCCGACCUCCUUACGUGCCAAACCCCGAUCGCCUUCAGCUUCCAGCUUCCCCUCUCGACCUCCAAGCUCUGCACGAGCAUUCAGCACCAGUGCACAGUCUUUAUCCCAAGCAUCCGCUCGCUCGAGAAUCGGCGAUACUGCCCACGUCAACGCCAAAUUCGCGAACAGGCUCCGAUCUGUGGACGAUCCCACUGGUGCUGCGGCCGGACGCUUGAGUCUGCCACCUGCGAUGAUGCGGAGCUCCUCAGCUGCUGAUAGCGUGUCUGUCGUAGGCGGAAGGCGGGCGGUGUCGACUAUUGGUAGCCGAGCAGGCAGUGUGAUGAGUCGCCGGGCGGAAGACGAGUCAAGUGAAGGCACCGUACGAGCUCGACCACCAUCUGUCCGACCGCCUUUACACGCCCCAAAGAGGGCAUCGACACCGGCCUCUACUGCGACAUCGAAAAGAGUCAUUACACCUACUCUACCCGCCGGCCAAUCUGCCCGAGUCGUACCCUCUCAAGCCCGCCAGAGGGGAAGUCUUCCCUUGCCGCCUCAUCCUUCUUCUUCAGUGGCUGGUGGUCCACCGGGCGGGGAUGGCAAGGUGAGCGCGGCCACUGCUGCGAGACGGGCGAGAGCGUCUGUCGGCCCUGCUGCUGUUGUAUCAGCCCCCGUGGGCAGAAAAGUGAACCCCACUUUGGCUCCUACCAACAAGCCUUCAGCCAACGGCCCCAUGCCUUCAAAAGCUGCCUCCACUACCACUCUCAAGUCACCACCUUCUUCUUUGCCUCUAGAGAAGAAGUCGGGGCUGAAGAGUAUGCAAAGCACCGAUAGUGGGCUAGCAGAAGUCUGGAGGACGACGUAUGGCGGAGUAGACACCGAUCAACUUGGCUCGACUCCUCGGAAGCGGGCAGAGAGCUCCAAUACAGACCUGUCGCCAGAGACGAGGAGGCCAGUGUCGAGUGGAUUGCGACCUCUGGCUUUGGCUGGUUCCGCGACGAUUGCUAGAGACAGGAAGAGUUCGAGCCCUACGACUAGUAUAGCGAGUGGUGUUGGGAGAAGGCCUUUGGUGGGCGCUACGGCCCCGGGGAUGGGGGCUGGGGCAGCUAGCAGGAGAGAUCUUGGUGGAAAAUUUUGA